UUUUCCCACGCGAAAAGAGCCCCAGAAGUUACCAGCCUCCUGGUCUCUUCCCGGUCCCUUUGUCCGCUUCGAACCGCCUGAAAGUCAAUCUGUCGCUAGCUACGGAGCACCUCCGUUCCCGGUACCAGGGUCAAAGAAUUCUAAUAGCCACCCAACAGCUCCUAAGCGUCAUCGGAUCCCCCUACUCUUUCCCACCUUUCAUCCCAUCGUGAAUCAAGGCGUAGUAGCUACUGUUAUCUGCCGGUAAUUCUCCCCGCGCGCUUUCUAAACUCGUACGAAAAGACGAACCACACAGUGCGCAAGUUCUACCCAUGCCUCGUCGAUCGUCUCGGGCCGUUCCCGCAUCGGCCGCAGCUCCAGUGUCGGCGCCAAAAAGGCGCGCGUCUGCCAGAAUAUCCGAAGCCUCCAAAACGGGGCCCAAAAAACAAAAGUACGAUGACACCACCGCUAAGAAAGCUACCGAAUCCACCGCAAAGAAAAGCAAAUAUUUCCAGAAAGAAGCCUCCGAGGAACCUAAGCCCAAAUCCCAGCAUGUCUCUGCGCCGAAAACCGCUAGUCACGAUAGCCCAGACACGUUCUUCCCCGCAUCUCCCGGUGCGAGCGCAGAAGUAUCUGACGCAACACCCUCAAAGGCAGAAGUGAUAAGACCGCGGGAGUCGAAGCAAGCACCAAAGAGGGGCCAGAAAAAGGACCUGAAAGAAGACAAGCCCAACAAGCCAGGUGAACGGACAAAAGGUGGCACCCAAGCGAACACGGCUGCGUCGACCGAAGGUAAGGAGCUAUGGAGAGAAGGCGUCAAGACUGGUCUAGGCCCUGGGAAAGAGAUAUUCAUCGCGAAGCCUAAGGCGAGGGAUCCAGGAGCAGUGGCCUACCAGGACAAUACCUUGCAUCCCAAUACCAUGCUCUUUUUGCAAGACCUCACCGAGAAUAAUGAUAGGGAGUGGCUCAAAGCGCAUGAUGCGGACUACCGCGCCUCCAAGAAGGACUGGGAGACCUUUGUGGAGACUCUCACCGAGGAGAUUAUAGAAAAAGACAGCACAGUCCCAGAGCUACCUGUUAAAGAUCUUGUCUUUCGCAUACAUAGAGACAUCAGAUUCAGCAAAGAUCCCACGCCGUACAAGACGCACUUUUCAGCCGCUUGGUCCCGCACAGGUAAAAAGGGGCCUUACGCUGCUUACUACGUCCACUGCCAACCUGGCUCCUGCUUCGUCGGUUCGGGGCUCUGGAUGCCACAGGCCGAUAAACUUGCACUUCUUCGAGAGGAUAUUGACAGGAACUCGCAUCGCCUCAAGGCAGUUCUAAGAGAGAAGGAAAUACGCCGCGAGAUCUUCAAUGGAAUAUCGGACGAUGACGAGGUAGCUGUGACGGCUUUUGUCAACCAUAAUAAGGAAAGUGCGCUCAAGACCAAGCCCAAGGGCUACGAUCUCGAUAAUGAGAAUAUCCAGCUGCUCCGUCUUCGCAGUUUCACCAUUGGCAGGCCUCUGUCGGAUGAGGAGCUUCUGAGUCCCAAUGCGCAAGAAAGGAUCGCAGCUCUGAUUGGGAUUAUGGAACCCUUCGUCACGUACCUCAAUAGCGUCGUCAUGCCCGAUCCAACGCAGGAGGAAAGCGGUUCAGCCUCAGAAGCCGAGGAGUGACUCGUCGCCAGAGGCCUAUCCUGGUAGGUGUCUCAACGACAGCAGAUAAUUAGUGUCGUUUUCGUGUGUAGGGGGGGUUUCGUAUCUGAAUAGGGUCUUGUUUCUUUGUCACGGUCAUCUCCGCCCAUCUUGUCUCUCAUUCCCUUUGUGCCCAUCGUCUCACCGUCAUCGGGGCCUGCCCUGUCUCUCGGCCAUUGUGGCUCCCCUGUGAAUUGUAAAAGUUCCCUAUUAAAUGAUGACCGCUUGUUGUGCCUUUGGCCUGGGGGCCCUCCUGGCUCGAGACUCGGUCCGUGAGCGUGAGGAUGCCCCGGCUUGCCCUUCCCUUUGGCCGGUUUUGCUGUAAAAUCGGU